CUCCAGCAGAAACCGGAGAGAAGAAGCAGCAGGAUCUGCACUGCACGCGCUUUAUUUAUAGCUUUAAACCAUUACAGAGCGACAUUACUCUAUAUUUACUCUAUACUAACUCUAUACUAACUCUAUAAUACUCUAUACUAACUCUAUAAUACUCUAUACUACACUAUAUCACACACAGUUUACUCUCAGCAGCUGCAGUGUUUACACAGGUCCUGAUGGAGGAGGAGGACUGUCCGGAGUUAAUUCCUAUAGAGGAAAAGAUCUCCCUCCCCUCGGCACAGAUACCCGUCACCAUCAUCACAGGAUACCUGGGUGCUGGAAAAACGACGCUCUUAAACUACAUUCUGACGGAGCAGCACAGCAAAAGAAUAGCAGUUAUACUGAAUGAGUUUGGAGAAGGUAGUGCGUUGGAGAAGUCUCUGGCGGUGAGUCAGGGGGGGGAGCUGUAUGAGGAAUGGUUGGAGCUGAGGAACGGCUGUCUCUGCUGCUCUGUAAAGGAUAACGGACUGAAAGCGAUUGAGAACCUGAUGGAGAAGAAAGGAAAGUUUGAUUAUAUUCUGCUGGAGACCACCGGACUGGCAGAUCCAGGCGCUGUUGCCUCGAUGUUCUGGGUUGAUGCUGAGCUCGGGAGUGAUCUUUACCUGGAUGGUAUCGUCACAGUUAUUGAUGCUAAAUACGGACUGCGGCAUCUGACUGAGGAGAAGCCUGAGGGUCUGAUUAAUGAAGCUGCCAGGCAGGUGGCGCUGGCUGAUCUGUUGAUAAUCAAUAAGACUGAUCUGGUGGGUGAAGAUGAGCUCAGUGAUCUGAGGAACUCAGUCAGGACUAUUAAUGGCCUGGUCAGAAUAUUGGAAACACAGAGGUCCAAGGUGGAUCUGUCUCAGGUAUUAGAUCUGCAUUCCUUCGACACUAAAGACGGAGUCAGGCUGGACGAGAAGCUGCAGCUCCUCAAAACAUCCCCACCUCAUCUGGACAAGAAUAUAUUAACGGUGACGUUUGAAGCAGAGGGCAGCGUCUCUGAGGACAGUUUAAAUGUGUUUAUUCAGAAUCUUUUAUGGGAGAAGAUGUUUAAGAAUAAAGCGGGUUUAGAUAUGAACGUUAUUCGCUUAAAGGGUAUUGUAUCAGUGUUGGGGAAGCAGCAGAAGGCGAUGCUGCAGGGAGUUCAUGAGCUUUAUGAGCUGGACGAGACGCCGGACGCCUGGACAGACGGAGAGACGCGGGUCAACCGGCUCGUCUUCAUCGGUCGUAAUCUGGAUGGAGAGAUUUUGAAGAGGGAGUUCCUCGCUCUGCUCUCAGACGACAGGAAUGAAUGAAGGAAUAAUAAAGUGAAAUUGCUGAUCUGGGGUCAGUUUGUCUGCUUAUCUUUUUUCCUAACAGGAUUAUGAGCACAGUAAAGCUGACCCCAGACCAGCUCUGUAAUUCUGAGGUGCUACCGGCUGAUCUUCAGAUCUGGAUUAGGUCUGUAGCUCCAUCACAGAACACUGGACCUGAACUCAGGACUGUACCUCUGGUGUUGCGGUGUCGUACCUGUUUACACUGGUGAAGAAAAUACUGCAGUCUAAGAUUCUGCGUUUUUUGGAAGUGAAGGAAAUAUUUUCAAAAAAUAUAAACACUAAAAUAUUAUACCCUGGAAUACUGCUGUACAGCCCAUACAAUUAAAUAAAAAUAAGAAAAUAAUUGGUUUUAAACAGUCUGAACCAAAAGUAACAUGAUCCACCCAAAAUUUUAUGACAAUAAAUAAUAACCGGUUUAUGUUCUUGUUUUAAUGGACAUGUUCACAGUUUGUGAAUUUGUGAAAUUCAGUUCACAAUAAACCUGAUAUGGUGUAA